UUGCAUUUUGAAGUAAAAGUUCGACAUCUUCUGGACUUAAUCUUGUUGUAGUUUGUAAGUAAGGAAGAAUAUGGAUGGCGUGACAUUCACGGCAGAGUUGAGUAGCAGUGUUGAGGCAGGGAGGAUGUUCAAGGCUUUGGUCCUUGAUGGUCCAAAUCUCAUCCCCAAAAUUAUGCCUCUCGCUGUUAACAGUAUUCAACUUCUUGAAGGCAAUGGAGGCCCCGGAAGCAUUCAAGAGAUAACAAUUACUGAAGGUGCCAACAUCAAACACGUGAAGCAUAGAAUUGAUGCAAUAGACAAAGAGAAUUUGACAUUUAACUAUGCAGUGAUCGAGGGGCACGGUAAACCGGAAAUGCUUGAAUCAAUUUUGUAUGAGAUCAAGAUUGAACCAAGUCCGGAGGGUGGUUGCAAGAUCAAGAAUGUUAUCAAGUAUCAUCUUAAACAAGAGGUUGAAAUCAAAGAAGAUGAUUUCAAGGAUGCUAUGGAGGAAGCAUUGAUUGUUCUUAAGAUAGUUGAUGCCUAUCUUCUGGCAAAUCCAGAAGCCUAUGCUUGAAGUGAUCUUAUGAGGCACACCUAAUGUGCAUAUUUACAUUAUAUUAUGAUGAUGUAUUUACAGUUUUUAUGCUAUAGUUUACUUUGAAGUUAAGUAUGAUAUGGCUAAUAAUAAGACUUAAAUGCGUUGGUUGUUUUAUUGAGGCUUGACAAUUAAAGUACAACAAGAUUAUUGUAUCUAAAUCAGAGUCAGUUAAUUACGAAGCGUGUGUUUGAAAAAUCUAAUAAAUAUGAUUUUUUUUGUCUUAA